UACUUCUCCAAGAUCAGGAAAAUAUUACACUAACAGGAAUCAUUCCUCAUUCAGAUAAGAAUUCAAGCUUUGACAUUAGAAACCACAGACGAAUUGGAGCCUGGCUUUGAAGCACUGUGUUCUGCACCAGUGUUUCCCCCUUGUCUGGGGAAGUUGACUGCUACAGGAGGGAAUCUGAAAAAUGACGGGAGCAAAGAGGAAAAGGAAAAGCAUACUCUGGAGCAAGAUGCACACCCCCCACUGUGAAGACAUUAAGCAGUGGUGUAAAAGGCGGCUACCUAUUUUGGAAUGGGCACCACAGUACAAUCUGAAAGAAAAUCUGAUUCCAGACACUGUGUCUGGGGUAAUGCUGGCAGUUCAACAGGUGACACAAGGGUUGUCCUUUGCUGUUCUUUCAUCAGUACAUCCGGUUUUUGGUUUAUAUGGAUCUUUGUUUCCUGCCAUCGUUUAUGCCGUGUUUGGAAUGGGACGUCAUGUUGCUACAGGCACUUUUGCUUUGACAUCUUUAAUAUCAGCCAAUGCUGUGGAACGGCUAGUCCCUCAAAGCAGCAGAAACCUCACCACACAGAGUAACUCAAGUGUGUUGGGCUUAUCUGACUUUGAGUUACAAAGAAUCGGCGUUGCAGCAGCAGUUUCCUUCUUGGGAGGUGUGAUUCAGGUAGUCAUGUUUGUGCUUCAGCUGGGCAGUGCCACGUUCCUGCUUACAGAGCCCGUGAUCAGCGCGAUGACAACAGGGGCUGCCACCCAUGUCGUGACUUCACAAGUCAAGUAUCUCCUGGGAAUAAAAAUGCCGUAUAUAUCUGGACCACUUGGAUUCUUUUAUAUUUAUGCAUACGUUUUUGAGAACAUCAAGUCUGUCCAACUGGAAGCAUUGCUCUUAUCCCUGCUGAGCAUCAUCAUCCUUGUUCUGGUUAAAGAGCUGAAUGAACAGUUUAAACGAAAAAUCAAAGUUAUUCUUCCUGUCGAUUUAGUAUUGAUUAUUACUGCAUCAUUUGCUUGCUAUUGUACCGACAUGGAAAACACAUAUGGAUUAGAAGUAGUUGGUCAUAUUCCAAAAGGGAUUCCUCCUCCUCGAGCACCCCCGAUGAACAUUCUCUCUGCGGUGCUCACUGAAGCUUUUGGAGUGGCCCUUGUAGGCUAUGUGGCCUCACUGUCUCUUGCUCAAGGAUCUGCCAAAAAAUUCAAAUACUCAGUUGAUGACAACCAGGAGUUUUUGGCCCACGGCCUCAGCAAUGUGAUCCCUUCGUUUUUCUUCUGCAUACCAAGUGCCGCUGCCAUGGGAAGGACGGCUGCUCUGUACAGCACCAGAGCAAAGACACAGGUGGCUUGUCUAAUAUCUUGCAUUAUCGUCCUUGUAGUCAUCUAUGCAAUAGUACCUUUGCUGUACUGGCUGCCCAUGUGUGUCCUUGCAAGCAUUAUUGUUGUGGGACUGAAGGGAAUGUUAAUACAGUUCCGAGAUUUAAAAAAAUAUUGGAAUGUGGAUAAAAUUGAUUGGGGCAUAUGGAUCAGUACUUAUAUAUUUACAAUAUGCUUUGCUGCCAAUGUGGGACUAUUGUUUGGUGUUGUCUGCACCAUAGUUAUAGUGAUAGCGCGCUUCCCAAGAGCAAAGACUUUAAAUAUAAAAAACAUGAAAGAAAUGGAGUUUAAGAGGAAGACAGAAAUGGAUGAUGAAAUCCUGCAGCAGGUAAAAAUCGUCUCAAUAAACAACCCACUUGUUUUCCUGAAUGCAAAGAAAUUUAAUACUGAUCUAAUGAAAAUAAUCCUAAAGGAAAAUGACAGCAACCAGCCACUGGAUGAUAUCAGCAAGUGUGAGCAGAAUACCCUUCUCAACUCCCUGUCUAAUGGCAACUGCAAUGAGCAGCAACAAACCAGAUGUACAAGUAAAUUAUAUUCUUUGGUGCUUGGGUGCUCUGCAAUCAGCUAUUCUGAACUUACUGUUGUGCUCUUUCACUUCCUCCAGGUUUACUUCGACUGUAAGAGCAGGAACAUUGAUGUGUCCUUAGCCAAAUGCCCAGCAUCUUUGAUAAGAGCAAUGAAGUACUAUGGAGACCUAGACUCUGAGAAACCAAUUUUUUUUGACUCUGUAUCUGCUGCAAUAAGUCACAUUCACUCAAAUAAGAAUUCAAGCAAAGUCAGUGCCCAUACAGAAGUCUGAGACCCACUUGAUGAACUGUACAUCUUGUCUUUAGCAACGGCCAUGAGCAGGCUGGAUACUGGCAUUUUUCACCAAUUUUUGUGUAUAAGUCCUGCCUUUGACCUCUACUACAAUAAGAAUGACGUGAGUUAGCAACUGCAUAGCCACAGGUCAAGAUUUGCUGACACCUUAUUUUUCUAAUCUUUCUUAAUAAGCAGAUUAAUUUAGUUAUUUCAUAUAGCAAUCAGUAUGCAUUUAACUUUCAUGUACUGAAGAGUAAACAUAAUUUUAUUUCCUUUUA